UCAUUGUGACAUUUUCCUUAAAAACUUUUGAGCUUUUUCUUACUCUCUAGAAAUCUCCCUUUUCUGGAAACACGAAGUAUUGUGGAUUAUAAAUACGGUCCCGACUACGUUCUCUGCACACAUAGAUUUUGUCGUCAAUUUUGGACAACCAAAUCUCCGUUUUUCUGGAAACCCGAAGUAUUGUGGAUUGUAAAUACGGCCCCUAUUACGUUCUUUGAUCACAUAGGUUUUCCGGUCGGCAAUUGGAGACGACAGUGGUUCAAUGGAUCACUUAUAUCAAGUUAAUCACAGCAGUGCCGUAAAUCACCCCAAAGAUGGCCUCCCUAGCACCCAGUCUUCUAAUGAUGCACUUAGGCAGAUGGGGCCUGAAGGUAAAAGGGGAGCAGUUCAUGAAGAAAUGAAGAGAGUAGGCAGACUUCCACCAAGCAGUGCAUAUGCCACUCAUCGGAUGCGCGUCCUAAACAAAAUCCUGCAACUUCUGUCGAUUCAGCGAACCACUUCACAGGAUGAGGAGUUGGAAUUGCUGUUUUCUGGGCUCUCUCUUGGGUGAUAAGAAGCAAAAGUCAUAUUCCAGCAGUUAGUUUAUCAGAUUAUGCAGUGGAUCAAUUAUUUUGCUUGCUUCAUAUUAUGCUUUGAUCGCAUCUUUGCAAAGUUUUUCUUUUCGAUGUAACGAUGUUUUUAUGGUCGUUAAAUAAAGUAUACUUGUUAUAUUAAUAGGUCUAUGAUUAGGCUUGUUAUCUCAAUUAUCUAGUGCAUAAUCUAGCUAGUCAAAUUCCGCUUGUUGAUUUACCUUGAACUUUUACCCGAAACCCAAAUAAUGUUUCUCUUGUAGGGUCUGUCUGUUUCUGAUGUAAUUUGGUGUACCUUCUUGGUACCUUUCUUUUAAUAAUACUUUUACCUUAUCGAAAAAAAAAGAAGGUGAAAUAAUGCUCAAAGUACCA